AUGGAGGGUAUUAGAGUGUGGAGGUGGAAACAAUUUGAUAACCUGGGACUUCCAACCCAUGAAGUAAAGGAACUAGUAAAAGCACUGCAGCAUAGGAAAAUCACCUUGGGUAAGGAGGAGGAUGGAGUAAUCUGGGCAGGGACUAAGAGUGGCAGGUAUAGCACAAAAGAGGGCUACAACACUCUUAGUGAGCAAGGCCAUACUACUGCUAAGGACAUCCUAUUAAAAAUAUGCUGGGACAAGAGAUGCCUCCCCAAAGCAGGGCUAUAUGCCUGGUUGGCAUUACAUAACAAACUUUUAACUACAGACUUAUUCAGAAAAAUGGGUUAUGAAGGCCCAAGCAAAUGUUCGUUAUGUGAGAAGGUCGAGGAAUCAAUCAACCAUCUUUUACUAACCUGUGAAUACUCAUAUAACUGCUGGAGCUGGCUUAGGAAACAAUUGAAUUGGUAUUCACCCAUCCCAGACUCAGUCAUAGCCAUGUUUCAGGCAUGGCCCAUCAUGAACAAAGGGUACAUUUAUGAGGGACUGUGGGUUGCAGCUCCCUCAAUGCUUGUUUGGGAGCUUUGGAAAGAAAGAAAUAGGAGAAUAUUCAGAGAGGACAAAUUGGAGUGGCAACAACUCACAAAUAAGAUUGAGGCGGCCAUCAUAGAGUUAAUUAAUAGUCACUAUAUGAAAAACCAUAAAAAUCUGGAAAUGUCACAAUGGGAUGAUAAAAUGAGAUUAAAAUGGAUUGGCUUAAAGAUUCCUCUAUUUGUUGGGGAUGGUUUGGUUAGCGCCAUUCACAAACGCAGAGACUGCAAGUGGAUGCCCCCAGAGGAGGGCUAG